GCAAAACAAAAGUUUUAAGCCCUCUUUCCCUCACAACCAUCCCUAUAUUCUUCCACCUUCUGAACCCAACCCCCUCUCUUUUUCCCGCCAUCAUCAACACAAAACAAGAAAACCAAAUACCGAAAUCAAAGCAUUUGUUACUACUUCUUGGUUCCUUGUAAAGACAAUAAAAACAACCUCUAACCAUCAACAUAACCAUAAUUCUUUGCAUUUUCUGUAUAAAAUCUCCAAUUCUUAGCUACCUCUUACAAACUCAAACAUCGAUCAAUAUCUCAAUCCCCCCUCUUUUAAUUUACACAAUUGCUUUUGGUUUUUCAUGGAUACUAAAAAAGUAUAUUGGGCCAUCAUUGUAGCAUGGCUUACUUUGUUUGAAGGAAACAUGAUGCUUGUUAAUGGUGAUUUAAAUUAUAAGGAGGCUCUUACCAAAUCCCUUAUCUACCUUGAGGCACAAAGAUCAGGGAAACUCCCUUCCAAUAACAGGGUUCCUUGGAGAGGAGAUUCAGCACUUGAUGAUGGAAAACUCGCCAAUGUGGACCUCGUUGGAGGAUACUAUGAUGCAGGGGAUAAUGUCAAGUAUGGGCUUCCCAUGGCUUUUACUGUCACCACCCUUGCAUGGGGUGCCAUUUUUUACAAGUCAGAAUUUGAAGCUGCAAAUGAAUUGGGAAAUGUCCGCGAUGCCAUUAAAUGGGGUACGGAUUAUUUUCUGAAAUGUGCUUCUCGAAAGAAAAGAUUAUACGUGCAGGUAGGGGACCCUGUAGAGGAUCACAAUUGUUGGGCACCACCAGAAAUUAUGAAGACAAAGAGAACAGUAUUGCAGAUUGAUAGUGAGACUCCCGGCACUGAGAUUGCAGCUGAAACUUCUGCGGCAAUGGCGGCUUCUUCCAUUGUUUUUAGGUCUGUCGAUCGUAUAUAUGCUCGCCGUCUCCUCAACAAAGCUAAACUGCUUUUCCACCUGGCAAAAUCGCAUAAAGGAACCUAUGAUGGAGAGUGUCCCUUUUACUGCUCCUAUUCCGGUUACAAUGAUGAACUGAUGUGGGCAGCAACAUGGUUAUACUAUGCUACAAGGAAGCCUAUGUACAUGAAGUAUAUACAAGAAGAAUCCAUAAGUGCUAGUGUUGCAGAAUUCAGUUGGGACCUUAAAUAUGCAGGAGCUCAAAUCCUUCUUACUAAGUUAUAUUUUGAAGGUCAAAAGGAUUUGGAAACCUUCAAAAACCAUGGUGAAAGUUUCAUAUGUUCAGUGCUUCCUGAGAGUCCCUACUAUGGAAUUAAAUUGUCUCCUGGUGGCUUCAUUCAUUUGAGAGAUGGAGCCAACACACAAUACGCCACCGGCACAGCUUUCUUGUUAACUGUUUAUGGUGAUUUGCUUGCCAACCACAAUCAGAAAGUCACUUGUGGAGGCAAACAGUUUAGCUCGUCCCAUCUCCUCAAUUUUGCAAAGAAACAGAUGGAUUACAUACUAGGGAAGAACCCUGAAGGGAGAUCGUACAUGGUUGGAUUUGGGAAGAACCCACCAACGCAAGCUCACCAUAGAGGUGCAUCGGUGCCAAAGUUGUCGGAGAACGAUGAGUUCAGUUGUCCGAUGAGCUUUGCGAAGUGGUUUUCAAAAGAUGCACCGAACCCGCAUGAGCUCACCGGAGCCAUUGUGGGUGGACCUGACAUCUCCGAUAAGUUCAAUGAUAAGAGAUGGGAUUCCCCCAACACUGAGUCCUGCACGUAUGUCAAUUCUCUUGCAGCUGGAGCUCUAGCAAAGCUUGCAGCUAUGAGUUGAUAAUUUUCAUGCUAACUCCAAUCCAAUUAAUGUUUCAAAAUUAGUAAACAUAGAUUACAUGUGUGUAUGGAUCAAUAUGUAAAACUCUUCCGUGUUUAGCAAGAUGGUGUGUUUAUUUAGCACAUAUGAUGUGGUUAAUUAGGUUGUAACUUACUGUCACACUGAUGAGCAAAUAAUAACAGAUGGAUCAUGAUCCUAGCGUUU